AUGUAUCGUGCUACACUUGCUGAAGUAAUGAAUCAUCCUUGGAUGAAUAAAGGAUACGAUGGUCCUCCGGAGAAUUACUUACCUUCAAGAACUCCACUCACUCUUCCAUUAGAUCCUGAUGUUAUUCGCGGGAUGACUGGUUUUGAAUUUGGUACUGAGCAAGAAAUAAAAUGCCGUUUGGAAAAUCUAAUUAAAAGUGAUUCCUAUCAAAGUUCUAUUAGAUCUCAGCACUAUAAUAAUUUUGGUGGAUCAUGUGAUAACAGGAAAAGAACAAGUGGUUUCGAUUAUUAUCGUAGAAAAUUAUCGGGUUCUAGUGUCUCGAUUCAAGAAGAUAGAUCUAUUUCUGCUGAUCCAACACAAGCUGUUCAUCCAUUAAUCUCAAUUUAUUAUCUCGUUAAAGAAAAGCUUGAACGUGAUCGUUUAGUGCAACAAGGUGGUAUUCCUCAACUUGGUUCUUCAUCUUCACUUGAUACAAAUAGCUUGCAAGUACCCUUCAUUUCUAUGCCUGACCCAUCUUAUUCAAAUGACGCUUGUUUUGACAACACGCGCCAAAUGGUACAACCUGGAACAAGCCCAAAUUCGCAAGUUAUUAGACGCGCAACCGUUCCUACCGGAACGAGACCUCGUUCACGUACUAGCUGCGAAGGAGAGUUGAAUAAUACUUCAAUAGGUUCUCCUGCUAUUAAAGAGAGAGAGAUCCCCGAAGAAACAAUGGAUGAAGUUAGUGGUGAGUUAAAUUAUGGUAAAAAGAGCAAUGAACUAUCAGCAAAUAAUGGAAAUACUGGUGGUGGACUAAUCAGGCGCUUGAGUUUAGCUAUAGUUGGCCAACCUCGCGAUUCCAUAUCACCUCCGUCUUCUCCAACCCACAUAUCAUCAAGAGGUCAAACGGAACAUCGUCGUCACGGAUCCACUCCAAAUGGUCCAAAAAAAGAAAAUGCCCACCAUUUCUCUCAUAGGAUAUCUACCAUAUUAUCAAGAGCCACAUCUAUUUCUGAAGCAGAUUAUCGACGUCAUAAACAAAGAAAUUCUGUUGGAAAUAGUAGACCUGUUACUACCAUUAUUGUUAAUGGUAAUAGUGGAAAUAGUGGAAAUAGUGCGACAAAGAAUUCUGGUGUUAAAGGUCCUGUUGGUGCCUUACCACAAUUGGCUGAGCCAUUAUCACGACAAAAUCCUCAGUCUGAUAAGUCUACAACUGUUUCAGGUACUUCUUCCAAUGCAAACCGCUCUUCACAUCAACGAAGUACAUCUAGUGGAUCACCGGUGACCAUAAGUGUUAAUACAAAUACAAAUCAACAAGUGGCCGACAAUGAUUUCAAUUUUCCACCUUCAUCUUCCCCACAUUCACCUUUACCAGGUGGUACUGCUGAUUCAUGGAUUAGACCGGUGUAUCUAAAAGGUCUAUUUAGUGUUGCAACAACUUCCACAAAACCUCCUUCGAUAAUUCGAUCAGACCUUAUAAGAGUACUUGAUCGAAUUGGUGUUAAGUGGCGUGAAGGUCGAGGUGGUUUUGAAUGUGUUCACAUACCGAGCAUUGACUUGAAGUCUGUUGUUAUUUCUAAUUAUGCUCAUGGAGGAGUCACAAAUCACCAUCACUCUCAUUUUAAUCGAAAUGAACGUAGAGGCAGUCAUUCAUCUGGCAAUUCGGCCGCUUCUACAUCAUCAUCAACUUCAUACAAAGAUAGCUAUGCACAAGGACAAGAUCUUCGUUUCUCGGCUGAUGGCGAGGUUCGACUUUCGCUACCUGCUAAUGUACAUUCCGGGAGUCAACCUAAUAACGAUCCUUCGGUAUCUACCACUGCCAAUGUUACUGAUCUUGUUGUGAGAUUUGAAAUUUUUAUAGUUAAGGUUCCCCUUUUACUUGGAGUACAUGGAUUACAAUUCCGCAGAGUUGCUGGUGAUCCAUGGCAAUAUAAAAAUAUGUGUUCAAAAAUUUUGGGAGAAUUGAAAUUGUAA